AUGAGAGGUAUCUUUUUUAGAAUCCUGUACAAUAUAAUUUCUCUAAGUAUAGCUGUAACAGUAGUUUGUAACUCGUUUUUAAUUCAAAAAUCGUAUUCAAAAGUAUUUAUAAAUAAGAUCGUGAACUCAAAAGACUCAAAUAACAAUGUUUGUAAAAAUGUGUAUAAUACUGUAACAUCAAAUAACUCUUUCAAUCCAAUUAAUUCCACUUAUGACGAUGUUACUACGGAUGACGCCAACACUGUUGCUGCUGAAAAUGGUAGUAUUGGAUUUAAUGGUAAAGAUAUUGGAGUGGCAGAAAGAGAGUUUAAGGAUGACCUAUUCCAGGACAAUUUGGAGUACCACAAACUAAACGACUACAUGGGCUCAUGUUUUCUACAAUAUGCAUUGAGUAUAAUUUUAGGUCGCGCCCUGCCAGACGCAAGAGAUGGCCUAAAGGUAGUACAUCGGAGAAUUUUAUGGGCAAUGCACAUGUUGAAACUGGGACCGAGUGGCCAGUUUAGGAAGUGCGCAAAAGUAGUAGGAGACGUGUUAGGAAACUACCACCCUCAUAGCGACAAGAGCGUCUACGACGCACUGUGUAGACUAAGCCAAGACUUUGUAAUGAAAAUGCCCCUGAUAGAUGGCCACGGAAACUUUGGGUCAAGUGACGACCCACCGGCAGCAAUGCGUUACACAGAGUGCCGACUAACUCCAUUUUCGAAGUCGCUGCUAUUGGAUGACAUUAAUUUGAACACAGUUGACCUAGUCCCAAAUUUUGAUAACACACACGUUGAACCUCUGGUACUGCCCUGCAGAAUACCGAACUUGUUAAUAAACGGGAGCUCAGGAAUAGCAGUAGGGCUGGCAACCAACAUCCCACCCCAUAACCCGACGGAAAUAAUAAGGGCAGCGAUGCACCUAUCCGAGAACAACGGAGUACUGGAAAAUGAGGAUGAAUUGCUCGAAUACGUACAGGGCCCGGAUUUCCCAACAGGAGGAACUAUAAAAACGAGCACCGAGAACUUUAAAAAAAUAUAUAAAACGGGAAGAGGGACCUUAUUGCUGCAAUCAAAGUUCACGUACGAAGAGAAAGUUAGGAAGAACAACAGAGAGUCCGUAAGUGCUUACGACGACUACAAUGAAAUCAAGUUUAACAUUGGGUCUAGGAUAUCAAUAGUAGUGACAGAGAUACCAUAUAACAUUAAAAUAAGUGACGUUAUCGCAAACAUAAAUAAGAAUGUGAGGAACAAUAACAUAGUUGGAAUAAGCGACAUCAGAGACGAAAGUGAUAGGAACGGAACGAGGCUGGUGAUAGAGUUGAAAAAACAAAUCAGCUCAACAAUAGAAAUCGCAGAAAUAAUAGAUAAAUUGAAUAAUUUGACAGAGCUGUCGCACUACUUUAAGUGUAAUUUCAUAGCACUGGAUAAGAAUGGAACGAAGCCAGUGAGGUUUAAUCUGUACAACGCACUGUCAAUAUGGCUGGAAUUUAGAAUAUCAGUGCUGAAGAGGAAGUUUAACUACCUGUUGAAGCAAACGAAGUACCAUUUGAAUGUAACAAACGGAUACUUGAUAAUCAUUCGAAACCUGCAGCCAAUAAUAGAGCUGAUAAAGAAGGAAGUUGAAAGGGAGUUGUAUACGAAGUUGAAUGAGUCAUACGGACUAAACGAUGUGCAGAUAAAGUAUGCAAUGAAGAUGACGCUGAGGCAGUUGAGUAAGUUGAAUGAAGAAACACUAAAGUUGAAAAAGGAAAAGCUGGAAGGAGAAAUAGAAGAGUACAAGAAGUUAAUAUCAGACGAUAAGUUAAUUUACAAGGAAAUAACAAGCGAUUUGAAGCAGAUACUGGAAAACACGAAACUGAAUGAAAGAACAACGAAAGUGGAAAUGACAGAUAGUAUAGUGCGUGAGAAGAGCAUCCCAAUGGUUAACGCAAUGGGAAGCAACCGUAGUGAUAGUGGCUACGUUGAAGGUGUUAGUGCUGAUGCUGCUACCGCUGUUAGUAGUGCAAGUGGCACUGAUGGCAGCAAUGCAGACAUUGAUUCAACCGGCCUCAACUAUUUUGCCACUGGAGCUAACAUUACCAGUAACAUUGCCACUAAUGCAGGUGUCACCAGCAAUACAGCUGCCGUUACCAACAACCAUGUCGACGGUAUUCCUAGAGGCAGUAACACCACUGUCAGUAAAGUGAACGAUGAUGAAAUAGACAGUUUGCUAAUAUAUAACGGAAAGGGGUACGUGGGGAAAAUAAAGCUGGACAACAGGUUCUAUAAGUCUAAUAAAAACAAAGCAAUAAGGUCUAAGCUGCUAUUCACGCCUAACACAAGCAUCAUAAACACAAUCCCCACCAAGGGCAAAGAAAGUGCCGGAAAAGAUGGGGAGGAAGUGGUGAAAAACGACAGUGGUGUUGUUGGAACGAGCAAUACUGGCGGUGAUGGUGCUGUUACUGCUAAUGUUGGUCUCGAGAAUGACAAGGAGAGUGCGGGUGAGGCAAAGGCUGAGGGAGUGAGCUAUUGCGGCAGUAACAACAACAAUAACCUAAUAGUGGUCACUGAAAGUAAAAUAUACAACAUAAGCAACAGUAAGCUGAAGUUGUGCAAAAAGGGAUACAACAUGUUCAAGUACCUGAAAAUAAACCCACAUGACCAGAAGUUACUUUAUCUGACCAACUAUAAGCCUCCACUCAAAGACAUUCUGAUGCUUGGAUUCAAUGACGGAGUGGUGUCGAUUUAUAAUAGCCCUGACGUGAAAAUAAACAAUAGCGCAGUCAGACUUAAGCUGAAACUGAAAAAAAUGAAGGACAAUAUCAUUAAGUUCUUUCUGAGCACGAGCCCGCAGGACUUGGUUGAUAAGCACCUAUUCCUCUGCACUAAGAUGGGAAACUGCAUUAAGGUUAACGUGAAGGACAUAGUGGACAGGCUUCUGAGAGAGAAGAGGAAGAGGAAGAACGUUAAGCUGGUCCGACUUAGAGAAAAGGACGAGGUGUCGUCAUUCUGUUUAACAGGAGAUGACCAACAAAUACUAAUUCUAACGAAUCUAGGUACACCUCUGUUAAGAUGCAUUAGUAAAUGUAAAUUAAUAAACUCGAGUGAUAUUAAGCUUCAAAAGACCAAGGGAAAGGGCUAUAAAAUUCUCAGACAGCCGAGGGCGAGCAGGAACAACGAAGUGGAGAGGAUCGUCAGCUGCCUCAGCGUUGAGUCGAGCGACCCCAAGAGGAGCAUCUUGCUGAUAAGCAGGGGCGGCGUUCUCUGCAAGAAGCAGCUGAGCGUGGGCGCGUCGCCUAAGCAUCACAAGACCAAGAAGUUCUGGUCCAACAUCCCUGCAAACGACGAGCUGAGCUAUUCCAAACUACUGUAG